UCUUCGCGCGGGCCUGCAGCCUGGGACCCGAUUGAGAAGAACAGGGGACGCCACGCGCCCGCCAGCUCCCGGCGGCGCACUCCGCCCGGCUCCGGAGGCGCGGGGGCGCACCAUGCCUGCAGACACCCCAGGGAAGCCGAGAGCCUCGCCGCUGGCAGGAGCACCGGCCAGCGCCAGCAGAACCCCGAAUAAGCCCCGAAGCGCGGCGGAGCACCGAAAGGUGGGGACCGGGCGGGGCGUGGGUUGGGAGGCGUGGGGUGGGACAGACGGAUGCGGGACUCAGCCACAGCCCGACCCACAGUCCUCCAAACCCGUCAUGGAGAAGCGGCGCCGAGCGCGCAUCAACGAAAGCCUCGCGCAGCUCAAGACCCUCAUCCUGGACGCCUUCAGGAAGGAUAGUUCCCGCCAUUCGAAGCUGGAAAAAGCAGACAUCCUGGAGAUGACCGUCAGGCACCUGCAGAGUCUGCGGCGUGUGCAGGUGACAGCCGCGCUCAGCGCUGACCCCGCCGUCCUGGGCAAGUACCGCGCCGGCUUCAAUGAGUGUCUAGCGGAGGUGAAUCGCUUCUUGGCCGGCUGCGAGGGCGUCCCGGCCGACGUGCGUUCUCGCCUGCUUGGCCACCUGGCCGCCUGCCUGGGCCAGCUGGGGCCCUCGCGCCGCCCGGCUCCAUCGUCCCCCGCUGCGGAGGCCCGGGCGCCCGAAGUCUACGCCGGUUGCCCGCCGCUCCUGGCAUUCGACCACCCCUUACCCCUGCUGCGCCCUGGGUCUGCCUUCGCGCUGCGGCUCCCUCCAGGCCUGACUGGGGCGCCCCCCAACGCCCCUAGGGCGGGACUGCAGAACCGGGGCGCGCCCUGGAGGCCGUGGCUGCGGUGAGGCCUCGACCCUCAGACUGUAACAGAGGCUGCACCCCGUUCUAGGGCCGUGGCCUUUGCUGAGUGUACCAGAGAAUAUUUGUUUCCAGAGGCCACGUCGAGAGAGUUUUGAUAUUUUUUUGUCUUUGUGAAGACUCUAGUCUGGCGUUUCUUUCAGCCCUUAGUUCUGGGGUGGGGGGUGGGGGAGUCUGCUGGUUGCUUUGUGCUGGACUUCUGGGGUAGGACUGCGGGUGGCCCUUCCCCACGCUCUGUACUCCGUGCCGGCCGUUCCUCUAGCCCAGGGCUUGGUCGGUGUACCUGCAUCUGUGCAGGAGCCAGCCACCCUCCUGGAAGUGUGGGCGAUGUGAGAAGCCACUCAGGAAAGUGACAGUCAUCACAUUUUCCACAAUGUAUCCCAAUGUUGGAAACCAGUCCGGCGGCAUCACUGGGCAAGGAUUUUUGUUUGUGUUUAAAGGUACCUUAUCCCUCUCCUGUGGACCUUGGAAGGUGAAGACAUUGUCACACUCUUGUCCUGGGCCACUGGGCAUGGCGAGAGGUGAUUGUGCCCUGCGGUUUCAGUUCUGGCUUGGUCCACUUCCUACUUUAUUCUCAUGGUUCAACACAAAGCUGCCUGGGCUGAGCCUGCCCCAGGCCAGUGUCUGGUCAGGAGACGAGUGCCAGCAGGAGAGGGUGACUGAGUCCUGAGGACAGGGAACUGGGGCAAGACUGGCCAAGAGCACUUAGUGCCAAGGUUUGGGCGGGGGGUAACUCUCCUACCAGAGUCCAGUCCUGCUGUGUGCCCUGGAGGGGAGGUCUCCCCCCUGGUGGGGAAAGACUGGAGGGUGGUCCUGCCCAUGCCUCUGUUCUGAGCACCUGCUGUGUGGCAGCCCUACAGUCCUGGGCAGUAAUGCUGAGCAGCAUUGGACAUCAGCCCUGGAGUCACCAUCCUGCGGUGUCCCAGGUCUCCCUGAGCUACUGCUGGGCACUGGGCUCCAGUUGCAAUGAGGGGGUGAUCUGAGUCAUACAAGCUGAGACUGGAGUGUCUCAUCCUGAGCCCAUCUGAGGCUGAGCCAAGACUCAUUUCCCAACUGCAGCUGAGUUCAUCAGAUGGUUGUCAGCCACCUGCCUGGCCAGGGCCCAUCAAGGAGAAAGAGGGUAACAAGACUGAGAGGGUGGCGAUCCACAAGCUGGAAGAGGGCCCUCACCAAAAUCAGACCCUGCUGGCACCCUGAUCUCGGACUUCCUCCAGAACUGUGAGAAAUGUGUUUCUGUUGUUGAUAAGCCACCCAGUCUAUGGUAUUUUGUUAUAGUAACCCCAAAGGACUAAACUACCAGAGCUUACUGUUACCAAGUAGAUUGGUGGCAGGAGGCUGUUGUUGACUUUCCAGAAGUCACAGGGGCAAAUACCUGCCCCUCUGGAGGGCAGAAACUAAGCUUCAGGUGUCUAGGCUGAUCCUCCCGUGUGUAUGUGGCUGAUCCCUGGCACUAGGGUACACAGGGGACCCUCCCCAGUUGGACAUAUGGGGACCCUCCCUGGUGUACAGGCACAGAGGGCUGGGAGGGUGGAGCCUGAGGACCAGUGGGCUUCCUCAAAUGAACCCCCCCCCCCACCGUGAGCCUCAUUCUCAGCCUCAAAUUUGACCUCUUGCCCAAAUGCAGCGAGGCAGCGUCUUCCUGGGUGGGGAGACCUACACGCCCAGCAUGAAGCCCAGAAUCCUGGGCCACCCCAGCCUGGAACUUGGGAGGGUUGUGUGGAGUGAAUGAGAUGGUGCUGGAAUGUUCCAGUCCCCAAGAAGUGCUUAGAGCUGGCAGCUGUAACUACAGGGCCUGUGGCUGCAACUGUGAGUGCACGUGUGACCAGGCUGUGGGUUUCUUGGCUGCCAUCCACUGGAGUCUGGGUGCACGGUCCCCUCAGGCUUGCGAUGUGGCAUCAGGGGAAGUUUGGAGAAGGGAACGGGGAGUGAAGCAGUUACCAGCUAUUCCCAGAGCAGCACCUGCCUCUGGGCUUCCAGGAAUUGUGCCACUUAGAAAUCAGCUCCACCUGGGCAGAUAAUUGAGGAGGACAAAUAUGCAGAGCCAGAGACACACAAUCCCAUGGUCAGAGAUAGAGACUGAGUUGGACACAGAUCGAGAACCUCCUCAGGGGCAGCCAGGGCCUUUCCCAAAAAGACAUACAGACUCAGACCUUCUCUCCCAUGUCUCUGAACUUCCUUCAGUUUGCUCUGUGUUUGGGAAGGCCGCAGACAUACAUCCUACAUCCACAAUCUCAAUCUCUGUGUAGGGCUCCUGUGUUGGGCACCCCCUCAAGGUCUUGUCAGCACAGGAGUGGUUCAGGGAAGGCUUCAUGCACAGACUGGGAUUGAAUUUUAUUUCUGCUGUCACUUAGUUGUGUGACCUUGGACAAAUCACAAAAUCUCAAACGUAAAAUAGGAUUAGGAAUACUACUUAUCUCUGGUGCUGUGUGGUUGAAGGAAUUAAAUAAAAUAAAUAACCUGCAUAGAGAAAAUUUCUUCCACCACAGAUGGAGUGGCAGGGACCAGAUUUAUCCUCCUGCUUAAAACAACUAAAAAACUGGACAAAAUAUAUGAAAUAGCAGGCUUGAAAGACAGUGGCCCCUGAGAAGUGGGAAAGAAAUGAAGUGAACCCUGUAUUGCCCUAGCUGACUGCCAGAAGAUGGUGUCCAGGCCUCGACUGCAGGGAGGGGGAAGCCAGGCAGGUUAGCAGACUUCCAUGGGCAGUGGUGGAGAACCAGCGCAGCUAGGGUCAGCAAGAAAAGAGGUGCCAGAGAAAGAACUAUGGAGAGUUGCAGAGGGUCUCCCUCAAGGCUGAUUAGAACAUGCUGGGAGAAACUCCUCGAGGCUAGGAAAAGAACCACCAGCAAAAAUUAGAAAAAUCCUUUGAGUUCACACAGGGUCACCUCUAGCCACAUUGAAAAAGCCCAUAAUUCAUAGGGCACAUGGUAGAGUAUUCAGAAGGACCUGUCCCAGUAGUAAGGGAUAAUUAGCCUUGCAGUAAGUACUGUUCUGGUGUUGCCUAACAAAGCUUAUGAACAAGACCCCAAAGGAUCAAACUGUCUCCAAGUAACUCAACUGUGCCCCAGAACAAAGCCCAAGAAUAUUUAUAGGAACAGAGAAAUAUCCAGCACCCAACAUAUUAAAAUUCAUGAUGUCUGGCAGCCAGUAAAAAAUUACCAGGAAUACAAAGAAGCAGGGAAAAUAUGACUCAUAAUAGGAGAAAAAUCAAUCAAUUGGAAGGAACCCUAGAAGUGUCACAAAUAAUAGAAUUAGUAGACAAGGACAUUAAAACGGUUGUGAUAGUCACACUUCAUGUGUUCAAGAAGCUAAAAUACUGCAACCAUAACAAUAAAAACUAUUCAAAUUGAAACAGAUUUAAAAACUGGAAAAGAAGGAAAGACAAAAGAGCAUUAGUUAGCUGUGGGACAACUUGAAGUGGCCUAGUAUACAUGUAAUUGGAGUCCCAGAAGGCUCAGGUCAUGAUCCCAGGGGAGCCUGCUUCUCCUUCUCCCUCUGCCUGCCACUCCCCCUGCCUAUGCUCUCUCUCUGUCAAAUAAAUAAAAAACAUCUUAAAAAAAAAAACUUUGAAGAAAACUACAUCAAGGAACCACAGAAUCAAAUUGCUACAAUACAGGGAUAAAACAAUGGUGUCUGUUCUUGCCACUUCUGUCCAGCAGUGUAGGGAGUUCUAGUUAGGCCAAUUAGGUAAGGGAAUGAAAUAAAAGUCACUGAGAUUGGAAAGGAAGAAGUAAAACUGUCUAUGUUCAAAUGACAUGACCUUAUAUAUAAAGAAUCCCAAGAAAUCCACUAAAAAAACUAUUAAAACUAAUAAAUGGAUUAAGCAAGGAUUCAGGGUACAAGAUUGAUAUUUAAAAAAUCAAUAAAUGAAAAGAUAUCCCAUGUUCAUGGAUCAGAAGAUUAAAUAUCGUUAAGAUGUUAAUACUUCCCAAAUUGAUCUUUAGGUUCAAUGCAAUCUCUAUUGGAAUUCCAGCUAAGAUUUUUGCAGAAACUGACAAGCUGCCUCUAAAAUUCUUAUGGAGGGGUGCCUGGGUGGCUCAGUUGGUUAAGCGACUGCCUUUGACUCUGGUCAUGACCCCAGGGUCCUGGGAUC